AUGGCUUCCGAAUGCAACAAGUCUUUCUGUAGUGAUUAUAUGCUGCUAAAGCCAGAGGAAGCUGGCUUGGUUGAUAAGCUUUUGCUAGCAGUAGAGAAACCCAUGGCAUGGUUUGGUUCUUCUGUCGAGCAAUGGUUAAAUCUUUUGUCGAGCAAUGGCAGUUUAUCGAGUCUCGCGCUCAACUUCUUACGUGGAAAAGUAAUAUAUACGGAAAAAACCGCAGCGAAUUUCAUGUCAUUUAUUGGACAUGUCGAUAAUCGUCGAGAUGAGAAUAUUAUUGAUGCUUCAAGUGGUGAGGUGCAUUUGGAUAUACAAGAACUUCGUGCAAGUGCUACAGCAGGAACCUUGGAAACUGAUGAGUUGAAGGCAAUGCGAAGUCUAAUGUGA